AUGGAGCAGAGUUCAGAAGGUUUUCCCUUAACCGCUCCAACCCUGGGAAAGUUCCAAGAUUUCUACAAGCUCCUCCUGCGCCUGCACCAUCUAACCAGCAUUGAUGUCAUGAUUGGCUAUGCAGAUAUCCAGGGAGAGCUACUACCCAUCAAUAACGAUGACAACUUCUGCAAGGCCGUGUCCACUGCUCCCACCUUGCUGCGGAUCUUCAUACAAAGACAAGGUAUAGCUGUAAACACCCAGAACAGACCAGACCAAGCAGUUGUUUUACUCUAAAGCCCGAAACUCAACUAAAUGCCCACAGUAGUCUUGCCAGACUAAGCCAGUUAUUAAGGUUGUCUGUCAUUUAAAAUGGAAUAAUGCCAGGUAACAUUGAGAGGCUUCGAUAACGCUGAGAUCAAAUAUAAUCCAAGACUGACACUGGAAUUCAAAUAUCCUUCUUGCAUGCUUUCUUCAUAAGGGAUUUAUCAGAGUUUGCAUCAGGAAAGUUGUUUGUGUGUCUCCAGCAGCAGUAGACGGGGAAGUGGUUUUCAUGUAAUUGCUGUGCUCUACUAUUUUCGUAUGUUUGUUUACAUGAUGGACUAUCUACAUUUGUUUCCCUUGUUUAUGUAACCUCAGGAACUCCUGUUUAUAUAGUUUAUAGAGAAUCAUACACGGGGCCCCGUGUAGCUCAGUUGGUAGAGCAUGGCGCUUGCAACGCCAGGGUUGUGGGUUCGUUUCCCACGGGGGGCCAGAAUGAAAAAAAAAAAUAUGUAUGCACUCACUAACUGUAAGUCGCUCUGGAUAAGAGCGUCUGCUAAAUGACUAAAAAUGUAAUCAGAACAUACUCUGCUGCCAUCCUUUCUGAUGUUGACAGUAUGAUUUAUGCCCUGGUUGUUGUUUCUUGCCCACAUUGACCCAUACAGUAAAAAAAAAUGCAUCAGUUUAGUUGCAUUGUAGCAAUUAGACUAGUUAGUGCAUUUUACAAGCUUUGCAUUCCAAGACGUGUGCUAACAGAUUUCCUAUUCACAGAGGAAGUGGACUACAACAACUUCUGCCCUAAUGCCACUGUGACACGCCGGAGGAAGGUGCCAGUGAUCCCUCUCCCACGCGGCAACAUGAACCGCAAAAGGCCCACGGUCCACAUCAGCAGGCCGCAGGACUUCCGUCCCAUCUCGUCCAUUAUUGACACAGACUUCCUGCCCGCAUCUCAGCGCCGGGUACGACUGUACCGCCAGGGCUCAGAGAAGCCCCUGGGGUUCUAUAUCCGGGAUGGGACUACUGUGAGGGUGACUCCCCACGGCCUGGAGAAGGUCCCCGGGAUCUUCAUCUCACGGCUGGUCCCUGGAGGCCUGGCUGAGAGCACAGGGCUGCUGGCCAUCAACGACCAGGUGCUUGAGGUGAAUGGGAUCGAGGUGAUGGGCAAGGUGUUAGACCAGGUGACAGACAUGAUGAUCGCAAACAGUCACAAUCUUAUCAUCACGGUGAAGCCGGUGAACCAGCGUAAUAACAUAGUGCGUACCGGCAGCUGGAUGUCGGGGAUAAACUCAGGCAGUGUCAGCUCUUUAGACUACCAGAGUUACCACAGCAUGCCCAUCUGUGUGGGAGCCUACAGCUUCACUGAUGACGAGCUGCAGAGCGACGAGGACUUGGACAUUGUGAUUGAGAGAAGACUCAGAAACUCAUCCCGUCGCUCCAGUGCCUCAACCUCCACAGCCUCCCGUUCCCAGGCUUGGUCCCAGCCCCAGCAGAGUCCUAGGCCUUCUCCUAGGCCAUCCUCCCGGCGCCCUCCCCGUCGGCCUUACUCUGUCAUCUCCUCAACCUCCUAUCGCUCACAGCCCAGCCUCACUAGCCUGAACCUCAGACUGAACAGAGACCUGACCCUGCAGCGGCACUACGGCAGCAGCCCAGUCGUCAGGGAGAUGAACGGAGGUGUGUUUAACCACAGCAGCCUGCUCACCCUGAGGACAGAGCUACGACGUAGCCUG